AUGGACAACUCUUUGCACCACAUCUUUGAUUCACCAAGGAGAUUGAAAAUUUGCCAUAAGGCUGCCUAUCCAAUAACCGAAAAAGACCACAAACUGGAAAGAGUAAUAUUAAAAGAAUACGAAUGUCCAGUCUGCAUCAAUUACGCCUCGCCACCUAUCAUGAUGUGUAGCAACAGCCAUAUUAUUUGUCUGGAUUGUUGGAAGAGAUGUAUCAGUUGUCCAACAUGCAGGGCUCCCAAGACAUUAUCUCGUGCAUUCACCCUCGAAAAAAUCCAUCCGUUGUUAAGUUUUCCCUGCAAAUGGGACGGGUGUUGCUUCAGAGCGACCUCUUCGUAUACGAUAGUGCACGAGCACGUAUGUAAAUAUUACCCUUUGAAAUGUCCUCUAGGAGAAAGCCAUCAGUGUACCUGGAUGGGAACCAUGGAAAAUGUGCAAGAGCAUUUGGGAAGCUGUCACAGGGAUAAUGUAUACUUUCAAUCCAGCGUUUAUCUUAUGUCGACGAAUUUUGCUACUGCUUCCAGGAAGUAUUAUACGAUUAUUUUGGUUGUGAAUGAUCGUCUCUUCAAAUUCUCCUGGACCUUCGACACCGCCGAAUCCCUCAAAGUCCGUUUCGGCAUGGUCUCGAUAGGCAACGGCAUCCCUUUGGACGUCUACAACUACACUCUAAUGUUUGCCAAACAAUUUCCAGUAAACAAUUCCAGAAUAAUCAAAGUACAUUCGCAAGUCAAAAAGUCGUUCAACGAUUGUUCGGUCAUUAAUAGAGACCCAAAUUCAAGAUUCGACGAAGAAAUGUUGAAUUUGGAAAUGGAUUAUGAGGAUUUGGUGCGUCAGUGUACCAGUGCAGGAACUUUGAUGUACCAGCUUCGGAUCGAGGUGGAUCAAAUGACUAAGUUUAAUAGGAGUUAUAGAUUUCAUGGUAUUCGUUAA